AUUCUCGGCAGUCGGCCCCCCACAUAUUUUCUCUCUCUUCCCUGUCUUUCUGUAUUAAUCUUAAACCCUUCUUCUUAAAAAAAAAGCUAAAGCUGAUAAAAAAAGUACCCUGAACUACAAUAACAACAAUAAACUGAAUUUGAGGAAGAGAGAGAAUAUAUUUUAGUUUUCUUUUCAAAAAAGCAGCAACUAAUAACUUCCUUGUUGGUUUUUUUUUUGUUCCUGAUCUUUCUUCAAAUUAUCAAAUAUGCUUCAUCUCCUCCACUGGGUUCUGAUCUCCGCCAUUUCCCAGUAGCUCAGACAGACGUAUUUUUCUGAGUGCCUUUGAAGCUGCAAAGACUGUGAACAGACCUGGAAUUUUGUGGAGCCGAUGAUGGCCUCUGAGCUUGUGAAUUCUGCAACAAGUGACAAACUAGCUGAGGUUGACUGGGCCAAGAACAUUGAGAUUUGUGAAAUAGUUGCAAAUGAUCAAAGGCAGGCGAAGGAUGUGAUAAAAGCUAUCAAAAAGCGCUUGGGAAGUAAAAGUUCGAAUUCUCAACUAUUUGCCGUUAUGCUGUUGGAGAUGCUGAUGAACAAUAUUGGUGACGCUGUCCAUAAGCUGGUAAUUGAAGCAGGUCUUCUUCCUGUUUUGGUCAAAAUUGUGAAGAAAAAGUCAGAUUUACCUGUAAGAGAAAGGAUAUUCCUUCUUCUAGAUGCCACACAGACAUCAGUUGGUGGAGCUUCCGGAAAAUUUCCUCAAUACUAUAAUGCUUACUAUGAGUUGGUGAGUGCGGGAGUGAAGUUUCCUCAGAGGCAUCAUCCAGUCUCCGCUGAUCCUAUAUCAUCUGACGCAAGCCAUAGCAAUUUAACUGUUGCAACUAUUGCCUCAGCCAGUGAAAGAGGCACAAAAAGGGAAGAAUCUCACCCUGCUCCUGGUUCCAGUAUAAUUGAAAAAGCUCGUGCUGCAUUGGAAGUUCUGAGAGAAGUCCUGGAUGCAGUCAAUGCUCAAAAUCCUGAGGCGGCAAAGGAUGAGUUCACACUGGAUCUUGUGGAGCAAUGCUCAUUCCAAAAAGAUAGAGUGAUGCACCUUGUGAUGUCUUCCAGAGACGAGAAACUCGUCUCUCAGGCUAUAGAGUUGAACGAGCAGCUCGACAGGGUUUUAGCAAGGCAUGCAGCACUCCUUUCGCAUGGGCCUGCAACAACAGCUAAUAAUUCUCUUGAGCUUCCAGAGCAGCCCACUCCAACAUUGAACAAUAAUAAUCACAUGGGUGAUGCCACUUGGGUACCAAACCAUAAUAAUUAUGUGGGUAAGGGCACUUGGGCAUCAAAUCAUACUCGUCAACCCACAUCAUCACCAAAUCAUAUCAAUCGUACUGACCGUGAAGAAACAGAUGAAGAAGAAGAGGCAGCACAGCUUUCGCAUAGGAUUCGGAAAGGAAAAGCUCUUGUGAGGCCUGAAGAUGAAGAAAGCACAGAAGAGAGACCCUUUGGAUUGCUUGGGUCUUCCAUUCCAAAAGAAAAUUUGCAUCGUCCUCUCAUACGGCCUUUAACUCUUAAGUCACCCUCCCCUGAAAAGACUGAACCACCUGCAGCUACUCUAAUACCACCUCCACCUGCUAAACAUGUUGAGAGGGAAAAAUUCUUCCAGGAGAAGAAGGGAGACGGUGCUGCUUUGUCAGGCCACAUGAGGAGCCUUUCAUUACAUAGUCGCAAUGCUAGUGGUAGCUCUUACACUGGGAGCAUAGGUUCUUGUGAAUGAAAGUAGACCACUCUUCUCUUAUUUAUGAUUUAUCCGGCUUUUAUUGGUUUGAUAUAGAUUUCCAUACCAUUUGAAAGCAAAGUGAUCUUUCAUUGUUCUGGUUCUGGUUUGGUAGAGAGCAUCUAGUGUUACGUUUGAAUAUACAAGUAUGUGUCAGUACCCCUGCUGGUGUUAGUGUUGUCGGCUUGUUUGGCUUCUAAGUUAUUGGUCAAUAUAGAUGUCAGGUUUUCUGUAGCAAAGCUGUUUUAGAAUGAGUUUGUAAAUGAGUUGUAAUUUUAUACUCGAUUUGUGGCAUAUGUAUAUCUAUACGUGAAUUUAGCAAUGGCUUAGUGAUCUACAUGUGUAUAUGUUUUCUUCUUCA